AUGGGGAGACGUAGGAAAAAGCAUGGGGCGCUGAAGAACAAGACGCGCAAAGAGUACAACAAGGCGCGGAACAAACAGCGCAAGCGCGCGCGGUUGGACGCCAAGAGGAAGGAGCUCUUCCCCGACUUCUACGGGAUCUACGAGACAGAGCUGAAGGCGCGCGACUGGGCCCUCAAGAACAAGGGCCUCACCAGCGCCAACAAGGCCUUGCUAAAGGCCGAGGCGGCCAAGCACAAGGAGCUCAAGCAGAAACAGAAGGAGCUAGAACUGGAGCGCGGUGGCCGCGCCCACGAGAGGUUCAUGAACUGCCUUGACGUGCAGCACGAAAGAAAGCUGAACAGAGACCUCAAGAAGGAGAACCAAGAACUCCUGCGACAGAAGCGGGUGGCGGAGGCCGAGCUGGCGAAAACCGAGAAGGAGAAGAAGAAGCAGGUCGACCGGCUCUUCCGCCAGCUGCGCUGGUGGAGGACGCACUACCUCCACCUGAACCCGCGCGAGCCCCCGCUGCCCGACUGGCACUGGGGCUAG